GAUAUUUAUUGUUUAUAACUCACUGAAUCCCUUUAAAUCAAAGAAUUGUUCAACUGAUGUUUGAAGUCAAAACUUUCAGGUAAGCAGCGCGAGAUGCCCUCAGGUGGAAGUGUAGUCACGUGGUGUCUCAACACACACACACACUCGCGCGCUCGCGCGUGUCGUGCACGCGCAGUGGGACUCGCAGCAGCAGUUGUUUCGGGUCGGAGUGAAGGAGGAAGGAUGAGGCUGCUCACCGUCUCCGCUCUGCUCCUCUUCCUCUUCAGCUCAGGGCUGGCUCUUCAGAUCCAGUGCUAUCAGUGUGAGGAGACGACACACGACUGCUCCACACCGGACUUCAUCGUCAACUGUACCGUCAACGUCCAGGACAUGUGCCAGAAGGAGGUCCUGGUGAAGGACGACGGGAUCCACUACAGGAAGUCCUGCGCCUCCUCRGGAGCCUGCCUCAUCGCCUCCUCGGGCUACCAGCAGUUCUGCACCGGGAAGCUGAACUCGGUCUGCAUCACCUGCUGCAACACGCCGCUCUGUAACGGGCCCCGGCAGAAGAGACGACCGCCGCUGUCCUCCGCCGUCAGCCCGGACACGCCGCGGCUUCCUGUUGUUCCUCUCUUCCUGCUGCUGCUGGACUCCGUCUUCUGCUGACAGAACCUGGGACUGAGAGAGGACAUGUCCUGUCUCAGAACCUCAGAGACCGAGGACAUGUCCUCAUCUGGAACUGUGUGAGCUGAGACAUGAGCAGCUCUUUGCUUUUUGUUCCUCCAGAGUUACAAAAGAAACAGUGGGAACCAACAUUUAUCUCAUCUAGACCCUAAUCCCAGACCCUGAUCUCAUCUGACCCCAGACCCUGAUCCCAUCUGAUCCCAGACCCUGAUCCCAUCUGAUCCCAGACCCUGAUCCCAUCUGAUCCCAUCUGACCCCAGACCCUGAUCCCAGAUUUGUCGCUGGAGUUUCUGGGCGAGGUGAACAGAAAACAGUAUUUACUGUGGUGGGCACAGCUAACCAAAUUGCUAGCUCUGCUAACUUAUUAGCCGCAAACGACAAAAUAGCUUUGCUAUUGUUAACUGCUAAACAUUUUUASUGGAAAAACUAAACAGCCACACAAGUAAAAAUUAGCAACAAAAAACAAUUUAGCGAAAAUCAAUUGAUUCCCUAACAGUUUUCAAAGUUAGCGAAAAAGUUAAACAGCUACACAAGUAAAAAUUAGCGGGAAAAAACACUAGUUGAUUCCUUAACAACUAACAAAGUUAGUGAAAAAGCUAAUCCGCUAAAAAAAAUUGUUCCACUUUUACCUUAAAGUUGGCAAAACACAUUUAGCAGAAGCUAAUUGGUUUGUUAAUGGUUUACAAAGAUUGUAACGAAGCUAACCUGCUACCACUAUAAGCUGAUUAGCAGAUUUAAAGUUGUGAUAAUGCAGUUUAUUUAGGAGAAGCGAAUGGAUUUACUAACAGUUUUCAAAGUUAGUGAAGAAACAAUAAAUUCGUUAUGCUAUUAGCUGCUAGCUGAUUAGUGGAACCAUGCCCCCACCACUGACAGUGAGCAUAUUCAAAAACAAACUCAUCAGUUUUAUUAAUGCACAUCAUAAAACUAAGAUCUUAUGAAAACUUAAUCAUAUUCACUAYUUGUACUUUAGAUUUUAGUGUUAAAAUAGUAAUGUCAUCAAAGCUUGGUUAUAAAUGAAAUUAAUAGAAACUGCCUGAAAAAACAUUAUAGGGUGCUAAUGCUACCAGUGCUAAUGCUACUAGUGCUAAUGCUACUAGUGCUAAUGCUACCAUGGCUAAUUUUUCAUAUCUCAGUUACAGAUCAUUAAAAUGAAGUUUUUUAUACUUACAUCAACUAUUACUGUUAAAAAAACUCUUACCAUCUUCUAACAGAUAAAUAUUAAUUUUCAUGUUUAAUUUUCGUGUUUAAAAAUGACAUGAUACAAACAUUACAUUUUCUAAUAAUCAC